CCCCUCCCACUCCCGAUACACAGCGCGCGCACUCACACCUGAGCUCGGCUGAUUUAUGAGCGAGGCUGGACGUCCUGACGCGUGCAGCGUUGCACACGCGCUGUUUUUAUUACUCUAUUUACUCACAUGGCUCUGGAUUUACAGUGCGCACCGGGAUCCAGCAGUGACACAUGAUGAAAUAAAAAAAAUAAAUUAAAAAAAAAAGAGAGGGAGAGGUGAUGCUAGGGAUGGGACAGGUGAUAUGACACCUCGUGGAGUAGGCUAUAUAAGGCCUUGCGUUUAUUAGCCUAGAAAGACAGAGCGUGUGUUUAUCAUCAGCUGAAGUGAUGCUCUGUAAAGCUGUCCUGUCCUGCGCUCUGCUCCUCGCAGCUCUGGAGCCUCUUCUCACACACUCGGCUGGCAUGCCCUACACGGGGCCUGUAUCAGAAGAGGAGCAGGUGUUGAGUCCAGACGAGAUGUCUUACUCCGAGCAGGCGUUCCUGUCUCAGGGCUCAGCGGGAAUCGGUUUCCCUUCCUUCCUCGCAGGAGACAACAUCAGAGAAGCUCUCAGAACAGCCGGAUUCGUUCCCAGACAAGUGGUCAAAGAGGCGCUGACAGAAAAGCCCUGGUUGGACCCUCUCAGCCGUUUCCUGGGUGGCAGGAAACAAUACCGGAAGCGUGGGGGAAACUCUGAGUGCUUCUGGAAGUACUGUGUCUGAAAAUAAAUCAAACAAAAUAAAAGGCUGCCACACACGCUUUUACAAUGGCCUAGGAAAGACUGUGUAUAAGUAGACUUAUCGGAUUUUGCACAUCCACCUUUGGCACAGGUGUAAAUACAGUAAAUAGUGUGUAUAACAACAUCAAUAAAUCUAUGUUUCAAAAAUUGCUGUCUCCUCUUUCUUUCUUUCUCUGUAAUGUAUAAAAUAAUAAUCGUACAUGGCGCUGUGGUGAAUUGAUUCACAGGACAACGGGAAGAGGUGUUUGGAUUCACUGUAGUCUUUAAUUUAGAAUUCAUUCAAGAGGUCACAAAAUACGUCCCUGAAUUCAAGACAAACAUUUUCAUCAUUUUUCUUUUCCUCCAAAAUACAUAGCAUGUUAUGUACAUACAUUUUGGCUAAAAACUGUACAAAAUACCCUGUUUUUCUGUCCACAAGACCGUAAAAAAAAAGAGAUCAUUAUGUGCUUGACAGUGUUCGUCCUUCAAAGUGCCGAGCUGACCGACCCCCCCCACCCCGACUCUCGGAUUUUACACUUUCAAGGCCGUAUUACAACAUGAGCCACAAAUCACGGCAACUCUAAUUAAACACUUAACCUCUAACACAGAGGAAGAAAAAAAGAAAAGAAAACGUCACCAGAGAACACCCUUUCCAAGCAGACACAAUUUUGCUGGCAUAACGUUAAUAAAUAAGGAAAAGGGG